AAAUAUUGUCUGUCUUUUCUUUAUUUGUCUAUCUCUAGAAUUGAUGGUUUGAGACUGGCACAGCUUAACAAGGUCUUGAGAUGCAUUCGAUUAGGCAAUUUCAGAUAUGUCCACAAGCCUCUCAACCUAGGAGAAUUGUCUGGCAACCAUUUUGUUAUCAUAUUAAGGAUGAUGAAGGGGAGUAAGGAGCAGAUCAACCAUGCAAUGUCGUCUCUGAGAGAUGCUGGUUUCAUCAACUACUUUGGUAUGCAGCGAUUUGGUAAUUCUCUCAUCGCCACCUACCAUGUUGGAAGAGCCCUACUGUUGAACCAAUGGCAGACAGCAGUAGACCUGAUCCUCAAACCAAGAGAAGGAGCUCAAGAUGACAACAAGUGGAGGGAACACUGGAUGAAGAAGAGGGACGCUAAGAGCACGUUAGAGAUGCUUCCUUAUCAUAAGAAGAGCUCCGUUGAGCAGCAGCUUUUGAGAGGCCUACUCAAGACAAGGAAUGAUUACCAGGCGUCUUUCUCUUCAAUUCCCCGCAAUACGCGUCUCAUCUACCUGCACAGUUAUCAGAGUUAUAUUUGGAACGUCAUCACUACACAGAGGUUACAGAGGGAUGGCUUCACACCUGUUGUCGGGGAUCUAGUGUCUGCAAAGAACAUCCAAGAUGAUGAAGAUCUGGUUUUACCCAGGGUCGAGUAUGUAACAGAAGUGAAUCAAAAUGAAUUCAGUAUCUAUGAUGUGGUGUUACCUCUGCCUGGCCAUGGUGUCAAAUACCCUACACAUAAAGCCGGAGAAUGGUAUACUGAAGAACUAGCCAAAGAUGAUCUGACAGUGGAAAUGCUGAAAAAUACCAAUAGGGACCUGUCCCUUUCUGGUGCCUACAGAAAGUGUGUCGUCAAACCGACCGAUGUCAGCUGGUAAGUGAAUACAUACAGUCACAUAUAUUGUAGGUGGAACUAAAGAGAAGGUUGUGUUCCGGUAAAGAUGACCAAAAUACAGUCAAACCUGUCUCAGUAUCCACCUCUCUAUAAAGACCACCUGUCUGUAGUGGCCAUGCAAUUUGUCUCCCUCAAGAGAGACAAAUGAUUGUUGUAGAACCUAC